AUGAAAGCCGUUGAGCGGGCCGACGAGCUGGACCCGGUGAACGGGGAGGUGCUGAAGCAGUGCACCAUCCUGGCGGGCGUCAUCGCCGAGGCGGGCCACGUCAACGAGAAGACCUUUCUCGCCAACAACUUUAAGGCCUAUCUGGACGCGGCGGUGGCGGUCAGCCCCGCGGAUCCGGUGCUGCUGCACAUGCGCGGCCGGUUCAUCUACCAGCUGACGAUGCUCACCGCCGACGAGCGCGACGCGACGCGCUUCCUGGACGAGAUGUCGGAGCCGAGCCUGCAGCUCGCCCUCGUCGACCUCACCAAGGCCUACGAACAGGAGCCGACGGCCAUCGACAAUCUGCUGUACAUGGCGCGCUGUCUGGAGGGAUCGGCGAACGGGACAAGGCCAGGGACUGUCUUCAACAGAUUGACGGGCUGGCGCCGAACGACGGGGCCGACGAGUGGCAUGCUCCGCGAGGCGGCCGACAUGCUCGCCAAGAUGGGACCGCCGCCCGCCGCGCCGCCCCCAGCCCGACCAGCGGCAGCAGCAGCAGACGAAGAGCCGAUUGUCGACCGUCUAACCCCUACCGUAAUCCACGAGGUCCUCCACGCCCCAAUCGGCACCCGGUGCUCAAGGGGCAGCAAUACCGCCAAAAACAGCCCAAGGAGCCUGUUUUGGACCAUUCUGGAAGCGAAAUCCUCCACGCUGACCUCCACGCCGAACGGCGACGUGCAGAAGUUCUACCUGAACCCGGCGCAGGUCGGCUCCAUCGCCAACCCGACAGCCACCGGGCCACAGAUCACCCUCGGCGAAAGCGGCGAUCUCUUUGGGCAGCAAUCAGCGAUUGCCGUCUCGCCCCUCUCGGCGGGCGCUCAGCAGUUCGGCGGUUUCCAGGGGGGUUUCUCCCCCUUCGGCGCCUCACCCUACGGUGCAGGAGGAGCAGGGCAGCCAACCGGCGCCUCAAACAUCCCCCCGCCAAUCCUUGAGAUCAAAGUCCCGCCCCCGCCAAAAGUCGACAUCCCCGGCUGCUAUGUUAACGGGAAAGGCUUCGUCUGUUGCAACAAGCAUCUGGAGACUGUCAUCGAUAAUACCAUGGAGGCGAUCCACCAGAAGCAACUGGAGCAAGAGGCCAAGACCGGGCAGCCGGCAUGCAAUUUGCAGGCCUCCGCUAAUCUCUUGCAGAAAGCGGCGGAGGGCGUGUUCGGCGUGUCGUUCGAGUCGCUACUGGCGCCGACAGAUUUCGCCUCAAGGACACGGUUUAUGGACGAUCUGAUGUGCAAGACGGAGCAGAACGGAAAGUACGUCAUCAUGUACGCGACCCCGGUACCGUACCCUGUCACGAGGAGACGA